GAACUAAUUGAGAAACCAUGUUGUUGACGAGGCUUUUAAUAGAAAAGCUAUGGUGCAGCAGAUAAUUUUAUCGAGUUUAACCUCCAGAGUGUAUCAGUUAAUGAAAAUACAACAUUAAUGUCCCCUUCCUCAACUAUUUGCUUCACUUUAAUUGAAAGUAGAGAGUGGGUCCCGUUUGCGCGUAAUGUCGUUUUUAAAGGAUUUCGUGAAGAAUGGCCGCAAAAUAUACGGCGCCGCCUUAAAUUAUAAAAACCCAUCGGGUGAUGUUGCGAAUCAGAUCAAAGAGCCCGUGCUAUUUUUGAAGGCACCUUCCGAUUACAUUACCGAAGGCCGCUCCAUUGUGAUUCCACGUGGAUAUUCCUUAGUGGAGGAACUGGAGUUGGGGGUUAUCAUUGGAAAAACUUGUAAGGAUGUAACCGUCGAGGAGGCUUUGGAUUACGUUGGAGGAUACUGUAUUGCCUUAGACAUGACUGCCUCCAGUGAGUUGAAAAAGGCCUUGUCACAAAAGAUGCCUUGGACAACGUCGAAAACUUUUGAUACGUCCUGCCCGGUAAGCGCCUUUAUCCCUAAGGAAGCCAUACCCGAUCCGACUGAUGUGGAACUGUUUUGUACGAUCAAUGGUGUACCUCAACAAAACGGAAAUACCAGCGGACUGGUGUUCUCGGCAGCCGAAUUGAUUAGCUUCAUAUCGCGGUACCAUACUUUGGAACCGAACGAUAUGAUCUUAACUGGUACUCCGCCUACCCCUGCUGGUGUUAAACCGGGUGACGUUAUUCGGGGAGGUAUUAAGGGCGGCGUUACUGUGGAGUUUCGUGUAGAGGACAAGUAAUUAAAAAAAUAAUAGAAAGAUGUUGA